AUGGGGCGUUGGGAGGUGAAGCACCCCGACUGGCUGCACAAGCGCGUCCGCGAGCGCGACAGCCGCAGCCAGCAGCUGCGCCUGGACCACCUGUUUGCGGAGCAGCGGGAGCGCCAGGCGCGCGCCAAGGCGGACGCAGGCGCGGCGGCGGGCGGCGGCGGCGGCGGCGGGGACGACGUGGCGGGGGAUGAGGGGGAGGAGGCUGUAAGGGCCGCCGCGGCGCGGCGGCGGGCCAAAGGGGCGGCUGUGGGGGACAUAGAGGAUCUGCUGAGCGGCGGCAAGGGGGCAGGCGCCGGCGCGGCCGCCACCGCGCGCGUGCGCCUCCGCCGCGCGGCCCGCGACGCGGGCGCGGGCAGCGCAGACCAGGAGCAGCGGCGGCUGGGGGAGGCGGGCCUGGAGGACGGUGAUGUCAUCAAGGAGGAGCAAGAUGAUGAUGAGCAGGCGGGCGCGGCGGCGGCGGAAGGCGAGGAGGCAGGGGGCGCCGCGCAGGGAGCGGGCCGGCGGGCGGUGGCGGCGGAGCCAGGGCAGCCGCGGCCGGACCGGCGGGCUGAUUACGGGGCGUGGGUGGCGUGGCAGAAGCAGAAGUGGCGGGAGGUGCGGCAGGAGCGCAAGCGGCGCAAGGUGGAGGCGGCCAGGCGGCCCGCGGCGGCGGCGGCGGCGGCUGGCGGGCCGGACGGCGAGCCCGCGGCGCUCGCGCCCACGGGCAACGUGGCUCGCUUCUUCCGGCAGCAGCAGGCGCGCGCGGCCGCGGGCCACUGGCAGCUGCUGCAGCUGGCGGCCACGGCCACCCCCGGCACGUUCAAGGCCUGGGUGCUGGUGGACAGCGCCCUCUACGCAGUGCCGCUGCGCGUGGCGCGGACGCUUUAUGUGGACUCGUCGGUGGCGCCGGGCACGCCCGAGGCGGCGGUGCUGGGGCGGCCGGUGCGCGUGGCGCUGCCCUACGGCCGCAGCCCCACGCACGUGUACCAGUAUGCGGACACCACGCGCUGCGGCUACCUGGAGGGUGGCGGCCCCGAGGGCCUUGGCCCCCUGCGAUACCUCGCGCUCUACCAGAGCGCUGACGCGGGGCGCGGCCGCGGCGUGUUCUGCCUGCUCAUGCCCGCCACGGGGCGGGGGCUGGUCGUCGUGGUGCAGCCCUCGGCGCUCGCCGCGCGAGAGGUGACGUCAUCAGCGCUGGAGCGCGCGUGGCGGGACGGGCUGGGCGUGCUCAUGCCGCAGGGCCACAACACGCAGGAGCAGGUUGAUGCGCUGUCGCGAGUGGAGUGGGUGGCGGAGUACUGCGGAGACGCCAUAGAGGCUGCCCGCCUGCUGCAGCGCGCCGUCCUCGGGUACCGGGAGGUGCAGCGCGGCCCCCUGCUGCUGGCGGUGCAGUGCCCCGGCGGCGCGCGGCGGCUGGGGGCGGACGUUCCGCUACUGGCUGAGUUCCCCUGCGUAGACAUACCCCCGCUCUCGGAGGACUCGCGGGUUUUGUCUCAGGGUGCGCCAGGGUGA